AGUAGGUUAUUUUAUGGCAGGUUCCAUUGUGACAACUUACCCCAUAUACAGUAGUGUGACAACUAUCUAUAGUUGCAUUAUAAUGCACUCAAAUGUUUUAGUUACAGAAACAUGGAUUAUGACAACAUUAAUUUCCUUGUUCACUAAAAGUGUGGGAUCCAAUAUUAGUUUACAAGGAAAUGUAAACUAGGCAAUGUUUCAAAUGUAAUCCAUGUUGCUAUAGCAUUAAAAUUUUUAGUGCCUGCAUUAUAAUCCAUCAGCUAUAAACAAUAUAGGGUUAUUUGCAACUUGAUGACAUUGCACCAUUAGAGUAGUGAAACCUCUGGAGGAUAAUGACCAAGACUGAGAAUUAACUUGUUUUCUGUUAUUUUUUUCUGUUAAGUUCCAUGUGACCUCUGCCCCCUCUGUGUCUGUUUUCUUGUGUGUGCACUGCAAGUCACGCUCCACUUGUUUUUUCACUGUUGCUUUACACUAAUGAGCUUUGAGACCCUAGAAUGAAAUCUCUCAGGUACCACAUGUACCUCUCCACAGAUUUCCCUGAGAAAACACGGUGCUAUUAGUAGGAUAAUUAACACAUCUCUAAUCUCAUUGAUGAUGCAACACUUGUUGAUUACUACACAUUCACAUUCAUACAUACUUUGCUGUGGGUAAAGAAAUCAUGAACUUACUUUGUAUGACUGAAACCUAAAUUAACCUAACAGACACAAAAUAUCAUGAAUAAACUGGCUGUUAGAUUAGUAAUACUGUCAUCAGCUUACAGGUAAAAAAAAACAUUACUUAUGACGCAUUGCCACAGAACACAGUAUAUAAUUUACUACAAUAGCUAUAAUUUACUAAGAAUGUACUAUUUCAAAAGUUUUGAACAUGACUUCCUCACUACUAAAACAACAUGUAGCUGUAAUUUCCAUACUUUUUGAGGGCAAAGUGCACCCUUCACAUUGUCCAGGUUGUAGAUAGUAAAGACACUCUCCAGAGGCUAUGAGUUUCCAAAAUAAAGUCUAUUUUAUUUGGAAUAAACAGUUAGAGUGAAAAGUGAAAGUGUACUGUACUGCAGUUAAAAACCUGCAAAUCCAAAUAUCGCCUUUUUGUCUAAAAUAUUUAGAAGCAGCAGCACAACAACAGUUUUUCCUCUCUAUGGAUCAUUAGCUGUAUGUGACGUAGCUGAUCAUGCUAUCAGAGCCAUGAUUGGUCAACAAUCCAACAGCCUGGCAUUCAUAUAACUAUCAGUGGCAUUUAUACUGUAGUAUGUAACAGCUCCGGGUCAUUCAGUACUGCGUGCCUGUAUAAGCAAAUUUACAGGACCCUAUUGAGCCGCUCUUCACCUUUCUACAGCAUGAAUACAGGAUCAGUGAGCGAAAUCACCAUGAAUCAAGAUUUUACUGAAAAUGAAAAUAUUUCCAUUCCAUCUUAUUUCUACAUCAGUGGUUUUUCUGGUAUACCUCGCAUGAAAUACUAUUACAUAUUUCUGUUUUUUGUCUACAUUAUUACUGUGCUUGGAAACUCCUGCCUCAUGUUUGUUAUCAUUAUAGACAGAAAUCUUCACACUCCUAAAUAUAUCGCUGUCUUUAACUUAUCACUGACAGACUUUUGUGAGAGUACCGCUGCAAUCCCUCAGCUACUGGACACAUUUUUGUUUGGUAAUCAGUUGAUCCCAUAUAAAUUGUGCAUGUCCAAUAUGUUCUCUGUUUUAUUAUUCCUCGCAAUGCAGUCACUAACUCUAACUAUUUUGUCUUUUGACAGAUUAGUAGCUAUUUGUUUACCACUGAGGUAUCAUAUGAUUGUGACCCAUAGAUCAAUGCUUGUUAUAAUUAGUUCUUCAUGGACACUAGUAAUGUUGCUAACAAUCAUUGGAGCAAUUUUCAUCAGUAGUCUUUCUUUCUGCAGAGUUAUUGUCACUGUUAACAGUUUCUACUGUGAUCACGGGCCUAUAUAUCGUUCUGCAUGUAACAAUAAUUACCCAAGUUCUGUGAUUGCGAAUUUGUUUCCAGCAAUAAUCCUUGGGUUCCCAGUAUUUUUUAUUAUCUUUUCAUAUACAUGCAUAGCUGUAACAUUGUUCAGAAUCACAACCCCACAAGACCGUCAAAGAGCCAUAAAGACAUGUACUGCUCAUUUAAUAUUAGUGGCUAUAUUUUAUGUACCCAUCACUUUUACAUAUGCAUUUUGGUCCUUUAUAAACACUAACACAAGGAUCAUCAAUCUCUCUCUGACCUCUGCGCUUCCUCCAAUGCUUAACCCUAUAAUCUACACAUUCAUGACAGAAGAGUUUGUGGUGUCUGUGGAAAGACUUCUUAAAAGAAGAUUCAUAUUCCCAUCUUGGAAAUAAAUAUAUAUAUUUUUUUUUACCAUUUUAAUAACAUUAAUAGUUGUGUUUUUUUUCAGUGUGGAUUUCUUCAUGAUGUUUCCAAUAAUUGGUGCAAUGUUUCUUUUUAUUUUAGAAUGCAUUUCAGCAAUUUAGUAUCAGGUAUCACAAUGUCAGCUUCAUCUGACAAUGUCUUUGUUCACCUUAUUUGUACUCCAAUAUAAUACUAAUCAUCAUCUAAUUUUUCUGCAUUGCUUUGCCUCUGCUUAAAAUUGGCCAUAUCAUGAUGAAAAUCCUUUAUAUUCCCCUGCAGAAUCUUAUUGUUCUUGGACCCCACUUUGAUUUAAUCGACUUGAAGAACUUUUAAUGGAAAUGCUAAUUAGAAAUCCUACAAAAUCACUUCAUGAUAUAUGUCGCCUCAACAAUGUAAAUAUGAAAAUUAAUUCAAAUUAAGUCAUCAGGCAAACAGACUUUGCACCCCAACUUGAGAUCAAUCAAAACAUUGCAUUUGUUCAAUAGGACAUUUUCACAAUUCAUUAAUACCUCAACCUUACUACAAUUACAUUCCACUUUUUAUUUUUAUGACAGUCAAUUGAAUGUAACAAAAGCAGAAAACUUUAGUUGAAUUUGAUCAUUUUGACACUAAGUCUUUUUCUUUAUCAAUGCAUAAAUAAUCUUAAUGAAACACUAUUACACCUAUUAAAGAUAAGUAAUGUAAUAAACAUUGAGGGUCAAGUGUCUAAUUUAAGGAAACACUAAUCACUAUAAUGAUAAAAACAAAUAGUUUCAAUAAAACAUGAAAAUUAAUUUUCCAUCACUAACAUAACAUCACUGGACCGUAAACAGAUUGUAUACUGUAAAAAAAAAAGUUAAGGUAAACCCAGAUCAUUUAAG